AUGGUAUCCGCAGGCUUCCCUUUGAACCCUCACCCGUUGGACCCCCUCCAUGCGGAGGAAGUCCGAGUGGCUACAAACAUUCUGCUUCGCCAUGCCAAGCGUGACACUACUCAGCUCAAGUUUAAGGUGGUCGACCUUGCUGAGCCCCCAAAGAACAUCACACUCCAAUAUCUCUACCACAGCGGUCCCGUUCCUGACCGGAAGACCCGUAUCUACUACCACCUCAAGGACGACCCCGUCCUUUACAUUGCCAUCGUCAAUGUGACAAAGGGAACUGUGGAGCACAGCUACGAUGCGCCUGACUCUCAAGGCCCGGUCGACUGGGUUGAAUAUGACCUCGUUCACAAGGCCUGCUUGUCCCACCCCAAGAUCCUUGAAGAAGUCAAGAAGCUCAAGCUCCCACCUGAUUCGAGAAUUGAGAACGACCCGUGGAGCUUCGGUACCGACGAUGAGAACGAGCGACGCCGCCUCUUCCAAUGCUACAUGUACCUCGCCCUGAACGACGACCCUCAAGCAAACCACUACUCGAUCCCUCUGCCUUUCGCUCCUAUUUUUGACGCUCACACUUUAGAGUUGGUUGACUUGCAGCGUCUUCCUACCGGCAUCAACGACAAAGUCGACCAGGAGACUCAGCCAUGGGACCCCGUCGCUGCUGUGGAAUACAGUGCCGAUCUUAUGGGUCCCAAUGCUUUCAGAAAGGAUGUCAAGCCCCUCCAGGUUUUCCAACCAAAUGGCCCUUCCUUCACUGUUAAGGGACGCACCAUCGAGUGGCAGAAGUGGAGCUUCCAGCUUGGCUGGAACAUGCGCGAGGGUCCAGUUCUGCACAAUGUCAAGUACGAUGGUCGUUCUCUAUUCUACCGUGUCUCUAUGAGUGAGAUGACUGUUCCCUACGGUGACCCCAGAUCCCCAUACCACCGCAAGCAGGCCUUCGACUUGGGUGACUCAGGCUUCGGAUUGACUUCCAACUCCCUGAACCUGGGUUGUGACUGCCUUGGGCACAUUGCCUACUUCAACGGAAUCCGUGUCACCAGUGGAGGAGAGCCUGUCGUCAUGCCCAAUGUCGUCUGCAUGCACGAGAUUGAUAAUGGCAUUGGCUGGAAGCACACUAACUUCCGUAACGGACAGUCUUCCGUUGUCAGAGACCGCCAGCUUGUCAUUCAGUGCACUGCUACUGUUGCCAACUACGAGUACAUCCUGGCCUUUGUUCUCGACCAGGCCGCAAACAUGCACAUCGAUGUCAAGGCUACUGGUAUUGUCUCUACCAUGCCCAUUCGCAAGGGUGUGCAAGUUCCAUGGGGUACUGUUGUGGCACCUGGGGUCUUGGCUGUCAACCACCAACAUCUUUUCUGUCUCCGUGUUGACCCAUCUCUCGAUGGCCAGAAGAACACCAUUGUAUACGAUGACUGCCUUCCUGUUGAAGACGAGCCUGACCUUGAUCCUUUUGGCUGUGCUUUCCGCGUGAAAACCACCCCUAUUGAGCAGCCAGGUGGUUACGAUCUCGAUCUGACCAAGAAUCGGACAUUCAAGAUCUUGAACCAGUCCCACAUCAACCCUACUGCCGGAAAGCCUGUGGGAUACAAGCUACACCCAGUUCCCAGCCAGAUGAUUAUGAUGAAGCCCAAUACCUUCAACUACCGCCGCGGUGUCUUCAGUGCCAAACCCAUUUGGGUCACCAAGUACCGCGAUGAUGAGCUGUGGGCUUCUGGAGAGUUCACCAACCAGAGCCGUGAGGACACUGGUCUCGCUAAGUGGGCCCUUCGCAAUGAGAAUGUUGAGAACGAGGAUGUAGUCCUCUGGCAUAGUUUCGGUGUGACUCACGUCACCCGAACUGAGGAUUUCCCCGUUAUGCCUAAUGAGAAGAUGACUGUCUCCUUGAAGCCAGUGAACUUCUUCAACUUGAACCCCUCGAACGACGUGCCCCGAUCCUCUCAGAACGAUAACAAGUCAACCCUUCACCAGACCGAUUCAGGCUGCUGCUCUACACGAUCAGCUCGUAUUUAA